AUGAUUUUCUUUUCCAGGACCGAAUUGUGUGGUCACCUGAUGCAGCUGAGUACCGAUCCGGAUCUUGCGGUGUGCCAAAUGUUCGAGCCGUUAACGUUCCAGAUCAUCCACUACCUGACGCAACCAUCGAAGAUCAACCUGAAGGGGACAGAAGUGUUCGUCAACUGUCUAAUGAACUCGAUCUCCCAUCCCUCGGAUACGGGCAUUCGCGAUUUAGCCGCUCGAUGUAUUCGCGAAUUUUUGCUGUGGACAAUCCGGCAAACGCGAUCGGAUCAAAGGGUUGAAGGAGCUUCCACGGCUGCUGCCAAUUUGUCUAUGAUUUUGGAAAAGCUGCACGUGUACUGUUUGGACUCGAAUCCGAAUCGGAGGCAGGGUGCAGCUUUGGCGUUCAAUAAUAUCUAUAGGAUUUUGCGGGAGGAGGAAGCGCACAUCGAGCGAGUUUGGUUCGACCUUUUUUACGUGUUUUGCGUGAACUUUGUGAUGACCGAAGACUUUGAUCGUACCGUUACCAAUUUAGAGCAGCUGUCGGCAUCGAUCGAUCAUUUGGUGCGGGUGUUGGUGGUGAGGAAGGCGAUUUUCAAUCGGUCGAGUUCGGUACGGGUUGUUCCGAGGGCUUUCGGAGGAGGGUUGAUGAAAGAUUUGGUUCGGUGGCUGUUUGGACAGUGUGGAAGUCGGGGAGCUACCUAUAGGAGCAAGUGUAUGGAGAUUUUCCCGAAGCUGGCUACAAGCGUGGAUGGGUGCAGAACUGCAGGGGAGUUUGUGGAGAAAUUUUUGGAGGAACAAGCUAUCUUGGAUGUCUGCGAUCACAAAGAUGUAAGCCAGGGAAUAAGAAAUGCGAGUGAUUUGAGGUUUAUCGCUGACCAUAAGCUACCGUUGAUCAGUAACAUUUAUUUAUGGAUGGAAUACUUUGUCUCCUCGUUGGAAAUGUUCUACUGGAUGAUGAAGAAUUCAUUGCUAAAGAGUCCAGAAGGUAUAUUGGGGAAGUCAAACAUCUUCGAAGCCAUUCAAUAUUUCAUUUCAACAAUGGCUAAUGCCAGCAUGUUCGCAAUCAUGACUACGAUUCGACCGGAAGUUGUUGACGAAAGCCACGCUAGCAUUGAGUUCCGAAUUUGCACAGACAAAAUCAUCAAGUUUAGUGUCCUAAAAUGUACAAUCAUCGUGAGGAUCGUGGAUUUGCUGAGUUUGAUUCUUGAGAAAAAAUGUCAUCACGUUAUACAGGACAGCUUCUGGGAAUCACAGGAAUUGUGCGACUUCAUCGUGGACUUGAUCUAUCAACCACAGAGUAUGGGUUUUGAUUUUCGAUCGUGUCAGGAAACGAUUGUCAGGUUGCCGAAACGAGUGGAAGAGCUGUUGGACAAGAUUGAAUCGUUUGAAAAUGUGCAGUUCAAGGAAAGGAUCUACCAGAGGGUAGCUACGAAGUUGGGGAAUAUUAUGAAGGAUAUCUCGGAUCGGUUACCAGUGUUGAUGAAGGGCGACACGAUCGGGAUGGAAGAUAGCAAUUUCGUCGGGGGAGUGUUGGUUAUUGCGCGACGCUAUCGAAUUUACGCCAGUUACUUCGGCCCACGGACAAAAGAUUUCUUGGAGACGGUUUCGGACACGGUCAUACACGAACUGUUCAACGGUUUAAAAGAAAGGAGGUUGGAAGAGACAUUCUUAGCCCGUCUGACUCCAUCGGUGAAGCGGUUUUGUUUGACGGUUCUUCGUAUUGCUCUGCUGUUCAAAGCAACCCCGAUGCCAUUGAUUGUACAAUUGAUGCUGAACGAUGACAAGUUGGGACUGUUUCAGCAACCAGGCAGCAGAUCAUUCAUUCUUCAUGGAGAGCAUUUUGCGUCUACGUUUGAGGACGCAAUAUUCGAACAUUUCGCAAAGAAUUUUGCGGACAACUUCAGUUUGUUAGUUGAGAAAUCCGAUGCAUCGAACUUUUUGAUGAUCUUAAAAUUGUUGUGUAAUUUCCUGGAUUUCAACUACCAGCAGAAGCGAUCAGAUGUAGUUGUGUUGACGAAUAUAACCGAGAAGUUGUUGAGCAGCUGGCCUAAACUCUAUUCGAAUGCUCAACAGUUUGACAACAAAUUUGGUUGCACAGAUCUCUGCUUGAUUGAAUUGAUUUCGAACAUCGCGAUGGCUAGUCCUAUACCAUUAGAUCAAAUAGGAGCGAAGGCUGCCGGAUUGAAACCGUGGCUGCUCGAGUUGAUAGGCAAGCAACAGAAUUCGAUUGAUCUGAAGGCGAAAGCUAUCUUUCUAUUGCCUACCUUGGUAGGUGGAAAUGAUAAUGAGUCUGCGGAAAUCUCGGCAACUUUACAAAAGCUUCAGAAUCAACACUUCCCAUUACGAUCGUCUGAGUUUGUCCCAAACAGCGUCGAGCGAGUUAGUUUUGAGAACUGUAUUGCAGCUCUCCUGGACGCCAUGGUAGUUUCUAGGUCGCCGGUUCUGCUACGCGCAGUAAUCGACGCUACAGCCGCUGAUGGAGAACAUAUUGCGGAGCACAAAAUUCGUACAGCUUUCGGGGAAUACAUGAGGAUUCAAAACAGCACUCAACAGUGCUACAAUCUUAAGUUGAUAUUCAACAAAUUCUGUGACGAAUCCCUAGAACCGUCUAUUCGACUCACGGUGUUGAAGCGGUUUUUGACAACUGGACUACGAUUGUGUAGCGUUGAAACCAUAAUCACCUUCUACAAAAUCAACAUGAAAAAGGUCAACGAGCUGAUCCGUAGCAACUACGGUCAAUACGGAUCCGGUUGGGAGGCAGAACAGGCUUUGGUGAAUCGUCUGGGAGGAUUUCGGCUGAUCGAGCUAUACGUAGCGAUUCUACCUCGGGAUAUCGUACUUUCGGAUGAUUGCAUGGUUGCUGAAACGCUCUACAGUGAAGGUGGAAAGGUCAGUGGCAAUCGAAUGAUCACCGAUCUGACGAAAAAAGCCUACGCAUGUCGUUCGGAAGUGUUCUUAACUCCGGAUACACCUACAGCGGAACUAUUCCGGCUUUAUCAAUGUGCAGCUUACCAAGCUUUAAUUGCAAUCAUUAGCAAUACCAAAGAUGAUCUACAGCUCUACAACGUGUUGCUGUUUCGAGAAAACAAAGACAAAAAUGAAUAUAUCUGGAGGAAGUUGAUCAACUGUUCCGAAGAACAUCUUUACGAUGAUCUCAACCAAGAGUUGGAAGACUAUCCCAAAAUUAAAGACAAGAUCGUUUCGAUACGUCGAUUGACCAGCGAUUCAGCUAAUACUUCCUCCAAACGAUUUAAGUACAUCCAAAUGACCAGCGUAUUUGAGUCGUCCCUUAGCCAAGAUGUCACCAAGCUAGACCUAAACUUCUCGAUAGUUCGCACAACCCAAGAAGCAGCUGCAAGAGAAAUCGAAGAACUCACAUUUCAACAGCAGCGUCGAGUAACCGUGUCACUAGAACACUCAAAGAUCAAUGACCACGAAACGAUGCCCAUGAUCUGUGCCUUAAUUCAGCACAUGCACGAAAACAAAAUUACUCCUACACCGGAAGGAGAUCGCUUCGUACUUCCCCCUUGGGUCAAAUUCCUUUCAUCUUCGCUACAAGACGAACAGCAGCACAAGAACGUCAGGCUAUUUCUGGCUAAGGUCGUGGAUAACUGUCGGAUCUGGUUGAAACCUUAUGCUAAAUCUCUGGUUCCGGCACUGAUGCAGGUAAUCGUCGAUGAGUGCAUCUCCAGCCAGCUCAAUACGUUCGUUACCGAUUUGCUAGCACUGAUCAUCGAGUGGAGUGACGUAUUCCAGCCGAGUAGUUGCGACGAGAUCAGUUUGGCCUCAAGGUUGAUCAAGUUCGUGGUGCGGAACUGUUUUCACCUCAGGCGAGAAGUUUUCCGAUUGAACUUGGAGCUAACUAAAAAUUUAAUUGAAAGGUGGAAAUCCGUUGUUGGGCUACCGGUACAACUUCUCUACGAUAUGAUCGGACCCAGUCAGGAUCCGGAAUCGAUGCAGAAUUUGUGCGGGCUGCAGGUCAAUGCGAUCGUAAUGGCUAAUGGGUUGGUCCCAUGGAGCGAAACAACUAAGUUUGAUUUCAUACGAGCCAUCUUCAGAUGCUUGGAUUCGGAAAGAGUAGCCGUUUAUCGACCUGCUUCGGAGUUGCUGGGGAUGUGCCUUCAAAAUAUCUACCCAAAUGGAGAAGAGAAAGAUGAUGAGCGAUUCCAAGGUGAGUUCAUCGCAAAACUAACAGUUAUGCGAAAGAAGCAGGAGAAAAAGUUUGUGGAUGUUAUCUAUGGAAUACACAAAAAUUUCCCUAGGAUCGUGGAUUCGUUUCUUCCCAUCAUCGCUCACUCGAUUCCAAGUUCAUCGGGUCCGAUCAAGAAAAUCUUUCUAGAGAUGCUCCUGUCCAGGGUAGAAGUCUUCAAAGAGCAAGUUCAUCGAGAAUUGAUUUCUCUGGAUUUGAAGGGUAUGCUAAAAGAUCGUCACUAUCAGCUACUAGCUCUUCACUUGAUCAACAAGUCCUUGACGCUGAUGUCCGCAGAAAAUUUGGAAGAUUUGAGUGAUAACAUCACUGUCAUGACAUCCAAUGAACAGUCCGAAGUACGUGAUGUAGUGUUCGAGAUAUUGAUGUUCAUUCAUGACAACUCCCUUACCCAACUAACGGAACCAACCAAGCUCAAAAUUCGAAAAGCCCUGCUUCAAGGUCUAAAUGACUCUAACCAAGCGAUUCAGAAUCGGAUGUUCGACUUUUGGACCAAAGAACCCAAUUUUCCUCAGGAAAUCGAUACUCGUUUCCAGAGCAUUCUAGCCAAUCUGUACGACCCCUCGCAAGAGUCACAUUUCAUCGGCUACGCAACUCACAUCCUACUGGACCCCGCAAUCAAAAACACCGAAUCAAAGCGGAGAAUAUUCCAACACGAAUACGAAGCAGACGUCAAGUUAACCGAGUUCACCAUCGACACCCGCUGGCGGCAGCGUAACUCCUUCGCAUCGGCUCCACUUUUUGUUGAAUCCCAACAGCGUCUGUUCGCCGGUGGCGAAGGAUCCCAGAUGGAGCGACUGAUCAAGGCAACGCAGUUUGGCUCGGUGGGCAACGUAUUCGAGCCCACCCUGGAUCCUAUGGUGAUGUCCCAGACGGCUAGCAGUUUCACCUUGCCUUCACAGAAUUCGUUGAUGUUCGAAACAAUGCCACCGGUUCUGGAUCGCCGUUCGAGGCGAGCAGCUCCAUCGGUUGGAUCUACAGUAAGCAGCGGUCCAAAAUCUUUCGACAGUUUGAGGAAGCGAAUUCUCAAAGAUAAAGAUCGAUCUGCACGUGAUCAAGCGUUGAAGGCCAUUGAAAGGCAUAGCUACGAGACCGUUCGAAAAGCUGAUAGCUUCAAGCGGAAACAAGGCGAAGUUGUUUUGUAUCGAAGGUACCGUAUUGGAGACUUUCCGGAUUUGUUGAUCAAUAGCUUAGCGCUGUUGAUGCCUUUGCAAGCCUUAUGUAGAAGGGAUUCGGUUUUGGGUCGGCAGGUUUUCGUCGCCGUAUUCGACGGAAUACUACAGGAAUGGGAACAAAACGACCAAAACACUAGUGAACUAAUCACCCCGAUCAACCAAAGUAUUCAACAAAUCUUUUCCGAGACCAAGAGUUGUGACUCGGUUCUCUUCGGCGCGUUGAUUGAACUUGCCAUGAAGCGACCUCGUGUCUUCGAUUUGUCUCCAGAAAAUUUGACAACGGUUGCAUGUGGCGCAAAUAUGAUGACCAUGGGAGUUCUCUAUUUGGAAAACAAACUACACGAAUACGACUUUCCCGACGAAUCCAUUCGGUCCUCGUCUUGGGCGUUAACAUCGGAAGCACUUCACUGGAUCAAAUUGGCCGAACUGUACCAUGUGCUGAAUGAACACGAUAUUCUGGCGGAUAUUUUCUCAGAUAAAAUGGAUAGUGAUCCGCGGUUGAAGGAGGCGAUUGAGUUGGAAAAUUGUGGGAACUUCAAUCGGGCCCGGGACCUGUACCACCGGAUGAUCUUGGAGAAUCAAUCUCGCCUGGCGGAGCAGAGCUUCUGCUAUCAGUCGUACUUCGAUUGCUACGCUCAGAUGGGAAUGUGGGAGGAGUUGAUUCCGGUUUUGGAAAGACAGGUCGAUGGAAGUUCCGAGGAUCUGUGGUUGGACGACUGGAAUAUGGAGAACAUUUUGCCAAAGUACGUCCACGCUAAUACGCGGCUGAAUUUGGCAGGUGACGAACGAGGUAGAGGGUUCAUCGUAAUGUUGGAGGCUUGGAUGCGUGCUCCCGAUCGUGUAGAGCAUUUGAAGUCGAACUUCGGUGAAGAAAUUACCAUGUUACAGGUUGCAAGUGGUGAAUACUCGAGGGCUAAGCUCUACUCGGACCAAGUUAUGCGUCAGUUCUUGGAUGAAUGGAGUUACCUGGAUCCGCUCUCCGAUAAAUUGAGGAUAAAAAAACUGUUGGAUGUCCGUAAAAUUUCCGAGGUCAAUGGAUACAGUCACCUGUUGAGCGAGCGACUGCAAACGAGGGCGUUGAAGAAUUUGGUUACCGUAUGGCAGAAUUCAAACCCCAGUAAAGCGGAUUCCCUACUGAUUUGGGAUACGUUACUUGUGUAUCGUAAGUUCGUGCUAAAUAAGUUGGACACUUUACUGGAGGCGUCAGCGGAUGAUGGAAUUUUGCAGUUCGAUUUUGUGAAGGAACUCAACGAUGGGAUAUUCGAAACCGAAUUGCGACUUUUCGAUGCUUCGUUCGAGCAAAACAACAUGAAAUUCGCUCGAAAGAUAAUCAAGCGCUUGGAUAUGGUAGCCGAGGAGCUAACCGAACGAGGUUAUCGAUGGAGAAUUUCUCAGUUGAAAAUGAAGCGAAUUGCUGAUCUGGAAGGAAAUAUAACAGCUAUUAAUGGACAACGUGGAGUUGUAAACUUCCGGAGAUUGAAGGCCUUGUUAGAAGAAGAAAAUCUGUCUGAUUACCUGGUCGUAAAGAUAACAGGGUUACAAGAGCUAUUCCUUCUUACGGAAAAGUUACGCGGUGCCGCUACACAUCUAAAUGAGGAAGAGAUGCGGAAGUCGCUGCCCUAUAGCGAUGAAGUAUCUCUGCAAGAUGCAUUAGGUAAAUUUUCGUUGGACUGUCUUCAAAGAUCGGUAGACUUGGCAAAUCGUGGGAUCUUGGACACCUCAUCGAACACCAUGCUGUCCUCGGUAGACGUUACAUUGCUGGCAGAAUGUCACUUCAAACUGGCGCAGUUUUGCUACGAUGGCUUGGAACAUGAGCCUCUUGGCGAGACUCUUAACUCGGAACGUCACCUGAUAAAUGGGUUGCUAGCAGCCAUGCAACAUGGUUCCAAACCUGCCAGACAGCUGUUCCCCUACCUGCUUCAACUACCGUUCUUACAAGAUGGAUCUUUACAGGAUCAGUUCAUCGAAGCCAGUAGUUUGGUACCCGAAUGGAUGUUUCUGAGGUGGAUCCCACAAAUCUUAUCUUACGUAAAUUGGAACGAAAAAUCCUACCUGGAAAACCUACUUCUGCGAAUAGCAAAAGUUUAUCCUUUGGCCAUUUACUACCCAGCAAGGCUAGCGUUGAAAACUCACCAGAAAAUAUCUGGAAUUUUGGAGCUCGGAUCAACCUUGGCUAAAAUCAACAACCUGUUAACAUUCCCCAAGUUGGACAGGUUCUCCAGUGAACUCGCUCAGAUCGUUGUUCCCUGUAUGAAGGUCGAUAAAAUGAUCUUCGAGCUGAUGAACUCAUUGUCCGAUAUUUCGGAGCCACUCUCCGAGGAAGAGUUCCGUAAAAUGGUUCAGGAUUCGGCGGACGACGUAUUCCAGAGAAAUUCGUCAGAUCUUGGCCGCGAACACCAGAAAUUGAUUCCUUUUAAAGAUCAGUGGCUUAAGCUUUUGGAGUUUGAUUUUGUAAAGCAAAAAACCGAAAUCUACAGGCAUCUUGAAAUGUUGCGUCAGGAAGUGAAGAAGUUGAUUCCGAAGAAUAACAUCCUAGAUCUUAUUAGAUAUUCUCCUUGGUUGAGUAACUACCAUUUCAAUGAACGCGAAGACAUGUUGGAAAUCCCGGGUCAGUACAACGUGGACCACAAGCCGAAUGUUGUGAACCACGUGAGAAUCGUCAAAAUCGGUGGUCAACUGGAGUUGUACGACACGUUACGAAGGCCACUUCGGCUACAGAUCAACGGUAGCGAUGGCAAAACCUACGACUUCCUGGCCAAAUACGGAGAAGAUUUGCGCCAGGAUCAACGAGUCCAACAGCUGCUGGACACUAUUUCACACCAGAUGUCACUGGAUCAACGCUGCCGGGAGCACCAGUUAUCGGUGCGAACCUACGAAGUUAUCCCGAUUAGAUCCGAUUUCGGAAUCCUCAGCUGGAUUCCGAACACCUCCUCGAUCAAAAAUGUUGCUGUGCGGUCCAUGAUUCGGUUCAAUCCUGCUGGAGAUGUUACGGAGCAGAUCAAACAAGAGUACGCUCAGUUUCUGAUGCAGGCGGCUGGGACCACUGAUGAGCGAAGACCUUCGGCCAUUUAUGGAAAGGCGGCCGUCAUGAGCACACCAGAAAAGAUCAAAUUAAAAUUCAACGCCCUGCGAUACAAAAUCAAGGAAGACUCCCUCAAACGGGCCCUGUUCGACAUGUCCGUUUCGCCGGAGUCGUUCUACAAUCUGCGGGGUAACUUCGCCAAAAGCUUGAUGGCUAUGAAUGUGUGCUGUUGGGCGCUUGGCAUUGGUGAUCGUCAUACUUCGAACCUUCUCAUUGAUCGAAGCAAUGGAAAGCUGGCUGGAGUUGAUUUUGGGAUUGUGUUCGGUGCCGGUACCCGGGAUCAGGCCAUACCGGAGCUGGUACCUUUCCGGUUGACGCCUCAGUUCGUAAACGUUAUGGAGCCGAUGCGGACAUCUGGCUUGAUGCACAAGUGCUUAGUCUACAGCUUGACCUGUUUGAGGGAUUCGAGGAAGCUUUUGAAGUCUUGUCUCGAGGUGUUUGUUCGAGAACCUACCAUGGACUGGCUGGAAGUAGCCCGGUAUCGGUUCAAUCAGGACAACAGUAAGGCUGCUUUGAGUUGGGAUCCACAGACUCGGAUCAAAAUCGCAAUACGGAAGCUGAAUGGGGCCAAUCCGAAGGUGCUGAUAGCAGAAGAACUACGACUUGGGCAGGUCGCUAGAAAUGCGGAGUUCAUGAAUGGUUAUUUAAAGCUACUUCAAGUGGACCAACCGCCCAUGCCAGAGGGCAACUUGAGUGUUGAACAGCAGUCAAAGUGUUUGCUGGAAGCCGCCACGAGUGGAUCUGCUUUGGGAAUCGCCUACAGCGGGUGGUUCCCGUGGUUCUAGUUUGUUGAUUUAUGCUUGUUGUUUAAUACAGUAUUAUAGAUGUUUAA